AUGACCGGAGUGGCCCGCUCCAUUGACGAAAACCUAAUGCAGUUACCUGGCAGGGAGGAUAAAGAAAAAUAUAAACUAUUCUGGAAUGGUAAAAAGACGGCCAAAAAUGGUGUUGGAAUUUUUGUCAAAAAACCGCUAGCCCAAGAAGUACUGGAUAUUAAAAGGAUUAAUUCACGUCUCAUGUGGAUCAAGCUUCGCCUAGAAAAGCAAACAAUGAUUACUUUUUCUGCAUACGCACCACAGGACGUGAUCACACGGUCGCUGCAAAGCAUGUUGCACAUCCAACACCAGCAAUCAUUUAAUCUACAAUCAAAUAAGAACAACAUUGCUUAUAUUGAUGAAGAUCUUGGCAAGUGUAAUGUUGAGUUUGAUAACAUCCUUUCUUUGGAUAAAAACAAUGUGCGGCAGAGCAGAAACUUAUUUAACAACAACUUUGAUCCUAAACAACUUCAAGAAAAUUUUAUUACCACAAAUGAUCUUAGGAAUAAUGAAGAAUUUGACGUUGCUCAAACAGACCUUAAAAAAUAUAACAAUGUUAAUUCUAAUUCUAAUUUAUAUGCAAAUAAAAUGAAUGUACUUGAGCUAGAUAGAAAGCUAGUUAACAACUCACAAGCAUCAGAUGCACUCUGUUUCAUCCAAGGAAAUUUAUUAUCACCAUUUUAUACGUCCAAUGAAAUGUCAAAAUCUCCGUUGUCUCCAUCCAAAUCAAGCGUGAUUAGAAUCAAAUGUCAUCCUACUACAACAAUGUCCACUGAAACGUCAAUACACAACUGCAAAAAUAUAAACAAACCUGCCAAGAAACAAAAUUUUGUGCAACAUUUUCAACGUAAGUAUAUUACCAAGCAGCACAAUAUUGCAAACAGAAUUAACAAUAAACAAACAGAUGGAAAACUUUCUCCGUUUCAAGAUCAACAUCAAAUAAGCAACUGUCCAAGUAACAGUGAUUUUAUCAUUAAAAAUCACUUCAAAAACAACAUGAAAAACAAAAAUAAAAAGUUGAACAACGAACUUAUGAACAACAUACAUAAAAUUACCACAAGUGAUAAAGUGUUGCAAAAUAACGUUGAGCCAUGCACGCCUUCAACCAAACUGACCAGUUUCCAAAAUGAUAGACAACAGUUUAAUCAUUUUGAUCAAAAUAUGAAGAUUGGAACAGUUGAAUAUGGUGAUCACUUUAGAAAUGAGUUAGUACAAAUUGGUAUUUGUUUUAACAAUGACAUCGUUAAUUAA